GGAUUUCUUUCCUUUUUUUUCCCUGUUUAUACUCGUUAAAAUUCUAUAAAGUCUUCGGGGUCGACUUUUCUAGUGUUAUUAAUCGAAUUAUCAUCCACUGAGCGAUAAAUAUGUCAAAUGCCGGCUUUAUAUAUCGAAGAUGUAUCAUGUCGAAAAGGCGCAAGUGCAGACUAGCAAUAUAUAAGCGACGAUUCAACCUCCGCUUCAACCACAAACAUGUCGGAUAAGAUACCCCAUCUGACCGUCAGCGCUCCCGAUCUACGUUGGAUGACGUCACCCGGGACCACCCCUGUCCACUUGAGACCGGAUACUACAUCGUGGAAGAGACGUUCCAGCGAGAUACCGUCGAGUGAUACGCAUUUAGACGUACCCACUUCCCACCGCCUGCGUAGCUUUAGUGUGACUGGCAAAGGUGUCGUCUGUUUGGGUAACCAUCUGAUACCCGUUCCACAGUUGUGCAUAUCACCCGAAACCAUAUACAGAGUUUUACUCAUCGGAUCGACUGGGGUGGGCAAAACUUCUCUGGUUUCACAGUUCCUGUCGUCCGACUUCCUGACAACGCAGGAAUCGCUAGACGAUUGUCCAGAAAAGACGGUGACGUUGAUGGUGGACGGUGUAGAAUCCAAGCUAGUUUGUGUCGACUGCAUGAACGUCACGAUCGAUGAAGAAUGCCUAAACUCGGCGGAUGCUUUUGUCGUGGUAUAUUCGGUGACAGACAGAUCUACUUACAAUUACGCCAGUCGUACUCUGUCGUCAUUGUCCAGCCUGUUCGACUAUUGUCCAGUCAAAGCUGUCAUUAUCGUCGGGAACAAAGUCGACUUAGUGAGAGGGAGGACGGUGUCUUCGGAUGAAGGUAGAACACUCGCUAAUCGCUACGACACGAAGUAUAUCGAAACAUCAGCUCUCCUUAACCACAACGUGGACGAAUUAUUAGUAGGAAUUGUCAGCCAGAUACGUUUAAAAGCCAAGCAGCAACGCCUAUCUGUCAGCAGAGGAAGCUGGAGCGCCACAGGAUUAGUAGGAAAAGCAAGAGACAUUAUGGAUAAAAUACUACAAAAAUGUGACUUGAAAGCUCGUUCCUGCGACGAUCUCAAUGUUAUAUAAAUGGCGGUACGGGCUAAUUAAGAAAAAAUGAUUUUUCCUACCUUCGUACGUUCAAGAUGGUAGAUGCUUUAUUGAAGCUUCCCCGAUCAGUUACUGAAUAAACGACUACAAAAGCGUCUGUCUUCUGGAAAAGUGCAUGCUCUGUCUACAAAUAAAUUAUACACAUUAUAAGAUAUAAACCCGUAUUUAACAAAUAAAAAACUACUUUUAAAAUUUCUUUAUAAAAGAAAAAAAAAU